UGAUUCAGUAGAUCUGGGGUGAGGCCCAGGAGCCUGCUUUUCCUCCUUGUUCCCAGAGGACACUAAAGACCUGAUUUGAGGGUACCGUUGUCCAAAGAUGAGGAGCGAUAGAAUUGGCUAGGGGAGCUAUGAGGACCGAAGAGACACCAAGUUUCAGGGGUGAGGGUGAUCCGAGGUUAACUUCUGGGUGGGUUCAGGCUCUAUCCAAUGCUAAACUCAAAAUGUAACUUCUCUGAGAAACUUCAAGACCCACAAAGAACCAGAAGCGUCAGGCGAUGAGAGAGGAAAUGAAGACAGAGUGAACUCUGGAUCUAAUGAAACAAAUAGAGCGGAGGCCCUGACACAGGCGAAUCACAGAUGUGCGGAAGAAGGGCGAGAUGGCUGGAGAUGCUAUGGGGGGGGGGGGGGGAGUAGAGUUGACCAAAUGACAGCAGGGUGAGUAACAGAUGAGAAGAAAUGGGGACCUUGGCCAAAUAAAAAUCUUAGACUCAAAGUCUGAGUGGACCGGCAGAGACAUAAAAGGAAAAAGGGAUUACAAAUAAACUCAGGGCUCCUAGGAGGGCCAAAGAAAACGCACUCAGGGCAAUCAGAGACCCUUGCAGAAAAAAACAUCCUAACCCAUUUCCCUCAAGGCUGUAUUCCUGGUGAAACGCAGGGACUCUCCUCCACGGAACUUAAGGACCAGGCUGAAGAGUGGCACUGAAUUGUUGUUUGAUCCUCUCUGGAAUCCUCCACUCAAGGCAGAAUUAUUCAGACUAAUUUUCACUCCCUUGCUAUGCCCCUCCCCCAAGCCUGCACCGGCUGGGUUACAUCAGUUUCUCCAAGGGACAAAUCUAAGAUCCAUAAUAACUUUUUCCUCUCUAAACCUUUCCUCUUCCGAAUUGACCAAGAGCUUGGUCCAGCACCCGACGCAUAUUUGGAACUCACUCUGCCCCUUUCACCUUCAAGGAAAACUGGUUCGUGGAUACCCUGCCUGUGCCUGCCUGAACCGACCGGCUCGCCAGCGCUGGAACCGUGGCGGCGGCUCGAGGGAGAGGAGGAGGGCGGCGGAGAAGCAACCCGCGGAGACAACAUGCAGCAGAUUUUGAAAUAUUUAAUAAUUCACUGGAAGUGUGAAACAGCAGGAACAUCAAAGAGAGCAUUGCUAGAAGGACAGCUAGUGAUUUCCAUGGAAGCAUUAAAUUCUAAGCACCAAGCAAAUACUCUUCAUUGUGUAACAACUAUUGCUUCUGCAGGAAGCAUUUACGGUGGUUUGGUUCUCAAGAAGUUCCUAAAAGAAAUACAAUCUCUACUGCCUGGAUUCUCUGCAAAACUGAAUUGGACUUCAGAGGAAGCCAGCUAUUCUCAGGACAUAACAGGGGUAACACCCUUCCAGAUGAUUUUUGAGGUUGAUGAAAAGCCCAGAACUCUGAUGACCGAUAGUCUGGUGAUAAAGAAUUUUUUACAUAAAAUUGUCACGGUACACCCUAAGAUUAAAUUUAAUUUCAGUGUAAAGGUGAAUGGAGUCCUUUCCGUGGAAGUCUUUGGGACAAAGAAUGAACCCACUUUGAACCUGUCGAAUGGAAUUGCUCUUGUUAUAAGCUGUCAUCAUUAUGUGAGUAAACCAAAAUUUGCUACAGCUGAAUUACUCUGCAGCAGAAUCCAUCCUGUCCUAGGACAUCCAGUAAUGCUUUUCAUCCCUGAUGACAUGGCUGGCAUGGGCUUGCUGGGAGAGCUGACACUGACUCCAGCCGCUGCUCUGUGUCCCUGCCCAGAGGUCUUUCCCAACCAGCUGAAUAGGAUUUCUUCGGUUUCCAUAUUUCUCUAUGGACCAUCAGGUCUGCCUCUGAUAUUGCCAGGUCAGGAGCAGCCAACUACUACUGUCUUCAAAGAUACCUCUUAUUUCAUUGAUUGGAAGAAAUACCACUUGUGUAUGGUGCCCAGUUUGGAUCUCAAUUUGGAUAGAGAUUUGGUGCUUCCAGAUGUGAGUUAUCAGGUGGAAUCCAGUGUGGGAGAUCAGUCUCAGAAUAUGGACUCCCAGGGACAAACGCUGCUGCUUUUUCUCUUUGUGGAUUUUCACAGCGGAUUUCCAGUCCAGCAAACAGAACUGUGGAGAGUCCACACUUUGCUCACCACUCAUCUCAGUGCCAUCCUCAUGGAGAGCCACAGCGCAGUGCAAGAUUCCAUCCAAGUUGCCAUGGACCAGGCCUUGGAGCAGCAUCACCAGGCUACCAAGGAUCUUCAGAAAUUUCAGGCCUCACUCUCAGUGGCUGUGAAUUCCAUCAUGAGUAUCGUGACUGGAAGCACCAGCAACAGCUUCAGAAAGAUCUGUCUCCAGGCCCUUCAAGCAGUUGACACUCAAGAAUUUGGGACCAAACUGCACAAAUCAUUUCAUGACAUCACCCGGCACCGAUCUCUUCCCUACUGCUCAUGUGAGACGAAGCAGCAGCUGCUCCCAGAGGAAAAUGCGGAGGAGAACACAGAGGACGCACAGGAGAACAGCCUGGAGCUCCUUGCAGGGACCAGCGGGCAAGUGGAAAACAAGAGGCUCCAGCAGGGCCUGGAGGAGACACGGGCCUUCCUCUCUGCCAGGGGCCCGAGCCAGUCAGAGGCCGCCGCGUGCCGCACGAAGCCCACAGCGGCCUCCCUGACGCCUAGCGGGAGCAGGGCGAGCCCCGGGGGCGACCUGGAGGACUCGCUCUGGCAGCGGGAGGUCUCCAAUCUGUCUGAGUGGCUGAAUCCCGGCCCUGAGCCCUAAGCUGGGUGCCUCCCCCCGCCCAACUCCCCUGCACUUCCACGCCUACCCGCC